GAAAAAAGACGAGAUGAAACGAACUAGCUCGGCUGGCGAUCACGCGAUACUUCGAUGUAAAUAAACACAUCAGCAUGACAUGACUGGCAUGUUUUCUAGGCUGUAGUUUCAAAGGAUACAAUUUUCCUUAGAUGAAUGCGCUCAUACGAGCGACACCCAAACAACCACCAUGGCGUGGAGUUUUAUUUUAAGGACCCGUCAAUUUAUUUUCGGUGACAGUUUAAACCCAAAAAGCUUUCGUCAACUCUGAUUUGUCAUACAUUUUCCCAGCGCCCGCCUUUGUCGCAUUUCUAUUGGUUCGUUGCUCUGUAUGCUCUCCUCUGAUUGGUCGAGGCAUCUGUUGUUUCCGCAGCACUGUGUACUGUGGCGUUUUGUAAGAACCUUCGUUGAUCCGAAUUGAAAACACAAAGCCUUGGGAUACUGAGUGUUUGGCAAUGGCAUCGGACUCCCCGCGCAGACCGAGCCGCUGUGCUGGUGGAGUUGUGGUUCGAGCACAGGCAGCAACAGAGCAGUCUUACAUGGAAAGUGUAGUGACAUUUUUGCAGGAUGUGGUCCCUCAGGCAUACACUGGGACGCCUCCAAAUGAUGAGAAAGAAAAGAUAGUGUGGGUUCGAUUUGAAAAAGCAGACAUCAAUGAUGUGGCUCGUUUACCAGAGUUUCAGGAGAUGCAUGGCGGCAGCACUGACCCACCCCUCUGUCUGAUGAUUGGCUACACAGAUGGAAUGCAGAUCUGGAGCAUAUCUCUGAACGGGGAGGCACAGGAGCUGUUCUCGGUCCGGCAUGGGCCCGUACGGACUGCCAGGAUUCUGCCUGCCCCUCAUAUCACUGCAGGUUCACUCAAGACUGACAGCUUCGCUGAGAAACGACCCCUCCUCGGCGUGUGCAAGAGCUUGGGUUCUUCAGGGACAAGUCCCCCUUAUUGUUGUGUUGACCUUUAUUCCCUGAGGACAGGAGAAAUGGUGAAGUCAAUACAGUUUAAAACGCCCAUUUAUGACAUACACUGCAACAAAAGGAUCCUUGUCGUUAGUCUGCAAGAAAAGAUUGCCGCCUUUGACAGCUGCACCUUUACGAAAAAGUUCUUUGUCACUAGUUGCUACCCCUGUCCCGGGCCGAACCUCAACCCUAUAGCCCUGGGAGGCCGGUGGUUGGCCUAUGCGGAGAACAAGCUGAUCCGGUGUCAUCAGUCCCGUGGUGGUGCAUGUGGAGAUAAUGCCCAGUCCUACACUGCCACUGUCAUCAGUGCUGCUAAAACGUUAAAGACAGGCUUGACCAUGGUGGGGAAGGUUGUGACCCAGCUUACUGGUACACUGCCAUCAGGUGUGCCCGACGAGGAGGGCACUGCCCACAGCGGAACCCGCCGCAGCCCUCACCAACCUGGUGUGGUCACCAUCAUAGACACGCACACUGUAGGAGAAGGACAGGUUCUAGUUAGUGAGGAUUCUGAUGGAGAGGGGGUGAUUGCACAUUUUCCAGCCCAUGAUAAGCCAAUAUCCUGCAUGGCGUUUAAUCCAAGCGGUAUGUUGCUUGUGACCGCAGACACACUUGGCCAUGACUUUCAUGUUUUUCAAAUCAUCACCCACCCAUGGGCGUCUUCCCAGAGUGCAGUUCAUCAUCUGUAUACGCUUCACAGAGGAGAGACUGAAGCUAAGGUGCAGGACAUCUGCUUCAGCCAUGACUGCCGCUGGGUGGUGAUCAGUACUCUUCGAGGAACCUCGCAUGUCUUUCCCAUCAACCCGUACGGCGGAGCGCCAUGCGCACGAACCCACAUGUCUCCACGCGUGGUCAAUCGCAUGAGCCGUUUCCAGAAGAGCGCCGGCCUGGAGGAGAUCGAGCAGGAGCUGACCAGCAAGCAGGGUGGGCGGUGCAGCCCCAUUCCUGGGCUUUCUAGCAGCCCAUCUGGAUCACCACUACAUGCCAAGCUUACCAGUCAAGAAUCCUUCAACAACUUUACCAACAACAAUAUGGGCAACCCACGCCUGUCUCCGCUACCCAGUUUGACGGUCGUGCUUCCUCUGGCUCAAAUAAAGCAGCCUAUGACCUUGGGCACCAUCACCAAGCGUACCGGACCCUACCUGUUUGGGGCUGGAUGUUUUUCCAUUAAAACUCCAUGCAAAGCCAAGCCGCCUCCUCAGAUCUCACCUAGUAAGUCCAUUGGUGGGGAGUUCUGUGUGGCUGCAGUCUUCGCCUCCUCUCGUUCCUGGUUCAUCACCAACCCCAGCAUGAAAAGAGAGAAAGAUCAGUCUCGCCAGGCGGUCGUUGAAUCGCUCUACAUCCUGAGUUGCUACGGAAACCUGGUGGAGCACGUGCUAGAGCCUCGGCCAAUCAGCACGGCGCAGAAGAUAGGCGACGACACGCCCCUCGAGCUGAACACCUGUCCGAGAGCCUGCUGGAAUCUUGCCAGGACACCGCAGUGGAGUGAGCUACAACCACCUUUCAACAGCAAUCACCCCUUGGUGCUGGCCUCAGAUUUUGUGCAGUACUAUCAAUACCUCAUGGCCGGCUUGGUACCACCUGGUAGUCCCGGCCCCAUCACCCGGCACGAGUCAUAUGACAGCCUUGCAUCCGAUCACAGUGGUCAGGAGGAUGAGGAAUGGCUGUCACAGGUGGAGAUUGUGACUCACACCGGCCCUCACAGAAGGUUGUGGAUGGGCCCUCAGUUUCAGUUCAAAACCAUCCAUCCAUCAGGACAGACCACCGUCAUCUCCUCCAGCUCUUCUGUACUGCAGUCCCAAGGGCCCAGCGACACCCAGCAGCCGCUUCUUGAUUUCGACACAGAUGAUCUGGACCUCCACAGCCUUAGGAUCCAGCCGGUUCGCUCAGAGCCUGUCAGCAUGCCUGGAUCCUCUCGCCUUGUGGCCGAUCGCAGAGGCCAAUCCACAGUCAUAGAUGCAGGCUCGGGCACAUUUGACCGCAGUGUCACCCUGCUGGAGGUGUGCGGCAGCUGGCCUGAAAGUUUCGGGCUACGUCACAUGUCCUCUGUGGAAGUCACUGAAGAGGGACUGAAGGAGAGGCUUGCAGACGCCAUGUCAGAGUCGCCAAGCAGAGACAUUGUGAGCUCUGGGACAGAGUUGCAGAGGGAGGGAAGCAUCGAGACGCUCAGCAAUAGCUCCGGCUCAACCAGUGGAAGCAUUCCCAGGAACUUCGAGGGUUACCGUUCUCCACUUCCCACCAAUGAGAGCCAACCCCUUAGCCUCUACACCACCGUAUUUCCUUAAACCAGCUCUGAUCUCAGACCCAUGAAAGCCUCCCACCUGCCUUUAAACAAUCUCGACAGUAAAACACGCACCACGGUACCCUAUUAAAAAGGCCACAUCAGCUUCAUAUCUUUAUGAGUUUCUUUUAAUCAAACAGAAAAAGGUUUGAAGAAUUAAGAGGGUGUCAUACAGCCAUUCUCAGAUAAGAUCCCCUCAUCUAAUUUCAUUUUCCCUAGAUAAAAGUUUAAGUGAUGUAGCCACCGUUUCAGAGAGAAGAGAGCUUGGAUAUGAACCUGGACUGGUCUGAUGUACUGUAGAUGGGUCACCACUUUUUCUCAAUGAAGUGUCAUAUUGCUUAUAUUAUUAUCAGUGUCCAGUGUGCGCUGUGCAUCUUUUAUUCUUUGUGUAUGAGUGUUGUGUGUUCAGAUUAGAUGAGUUUAAGCCUAAAGUUAUACAGCAUUACACUGAGUCUGACACUUGCAUCAUCAAACUGUUGAUUGCUGCACAAUUGAAAGCAUUUCCUUUUUAAGAACACAACUGCCGUAUUGUUUUAAUGUUUAGUAGAAGCGUAUUGUAGUUAACAGUUAAACUUUAUUAGACUGUCAGGUUUUAUUUGAUAAUUAAUGACAUUUGGUUAUGUUUAUGAUCGAAAUGUUGCGUUACGUUAUAGUGUUUUAUUAUUCAGCACAUGUGUUCUGUAUAUUUGAUGUUAUUUAGACCAAGUUUAUUACUUUAUGAAUUCAGAAUUCUUUUUUUUUCGAAGGGAUGUUCGUUUACAGAUGUGUCCUUAUUCGUUUUUUUCCUCGAUGUGUGCAAGGCUGAUAUUAAGCAACAGGGGUCUCGAGGAUCCACAGCACAUUCAUGCAGGUGAUUCAGACGGCUACCCAAACUUUCUUUACACACAUUAUGGUUUCAUUGAUAUAUCAUUAUGUAUUUUCUUUUUAUUUGGUGAAUUGAAUUAGUUUAGAUAUUAAUCUAAUUUCUCAGUUUGAUUGGAUGAAACUUGUUACACAUAAUCACACUGAACUAAAUUCCAGCCAAACUGAUACAAGAGCUGUGAAAAUGCUAAAGGAAAUUAAUGUUAGUUAUUAUUUUGCUCAAAUCUUUAAAUAAGUGCAUGUAAUAGCUGAGAAAAUAGUAACACUUUACAAUAAGGUUGUAUUUGUUAACAUUAGUUAAUGCAUUAGCUAACAUGAAUGAACUAACAAUGAAUAAUAUUUCAACGGCAUUUAUUAAUGUUCGUUCACGUUUAAUUUUGUAACUAUCUAAUACAUUUAUAAAAUCAAAUUGUUAACAUUAAUUAACGCACCUAACAUAAAUAAGCGUUUUGACAUUAACUAGCAUUAACAAGAAUUAAUACAUGCUGAAAACUAUAUUGUUCAUGUUAGUUAAUGCCUUAACUAAUUUUUACUAAUACAACUUUAUUGUAAAGUGUUACCGAAAAAAUCUGUGUGUUGUUUACCAUAAUUUACAGUAUAAAAGGCAAAGUUACAGUUGAAAUGAGUUUGGGACUGAAUGCAAUGCAGAUGCUUUGUAUGGAAUAUUUUUUGUAAUAAUCUGAUUAUGAAAUAGAAAUUUAUGCAAGUGUGUUUGCUUAAUACAGUAUAUGCAUUUUGACUUUC